ACAACGACCCCUGCCAAUUUGCCUUCCCACCCCUGAAAAACACGAUCAACAAAAAUUCAUAAAUCUUUAUGUUUUCUCAUGACCCAUCACCUUACCUUUUCUUACAGUUUUAACGAGCCUCAGAUUUGGGGAAAGGAAGUCUCAAGCAUUUAAAGCUCAGUUUUUUUUGUUUUGUUAUUAGGGUAUGUUUGUUUAGGGUUUUCGUAGAUCGGGUGUAAAGCGUUUGUUUCUUCUGCUUCUUGCUGGUCAUGGAGUUGAAGAAGGACAAGCUUGUCAGGUUCUACUCUGAUGGAAAACAGCAUAAAGAAACUCCAUGGGGAAUGAAUGACCCAUCAUUCCUUGACAAGUCAUCUUCUGGGUACAGUAUUCCGUUUUCUUCGGUGCUAAAACCGGAGAAUGGAAUGGAUGGAGGAAGAAAUAGACUUCCUGAAAUGGGGAAAAUGGGAAGGUCAAAGGUUUCGCUGGAGGGGAAUGAACUUUGGUACAGGAGAAUUCUUGAUCCAGGCAGUGAGAUUGUGUUGCGGUGGAACUGGGUUUUCAUUAUUGCAUGUUUGGUGGCUCUUUUCAUUGACCCAUUGUACUUUUAUUUGCCUGGCGUUGGAGGGGAUGCACAAUCCUCUUGUGUAAAGACAGAUACGAACUUGCGAAUUGUUGUUACCUGUUUUCGAACUGUUGCCGAUAUCUUUUAUUUGUUGCACAUAAUUAUAAAAUUUAGAACAGGUUAUGUUGCACCAAACUCAACAACUAGAGUGUUUGGAAGGGGUGAACUUGUAAUGGACCCUAUGAAGAUUGCGCGGAGGUAUCUUAGGUCUGAUUUCUUCAUUGAUUUCAUUGCAACACUUCCUCUUCCUCAGAUAGUUAUCUGGUUUAUCAUUCCGGCAACAAGAAGUCCUCGGACUGAUCAUAAAAACAAUGCCCUUGCAUUAAUUGUUCUGCUUCAGUACAUUCCCAGAUUGUAUUUGAUUUUUCCUUUAAGUUCUCAAAUUAUUAAAGCAACUGGAGUGGUUACAAAGACGGCAUGGGCGGGUGCUGCUUACAACCUUCUCUUAUACAUGUUAGCCAGUCAUGUUGUAGGGGCAGCAUGGUAUGUGCUUUCUGUUGACAGGUAUACUUCGUGCUGGAAGAAAAUUUGCAGAAAGGAAAUUCCUUCUCUCAGAUGUAAUCUGUACUAUUUGGAUUGCGACACUUUUGGCCUUAGUGAUCGCAAUAAUUGGAAAAAUUUCACUCGUGUGUUCCAGCAAUGUGACCCGAAAAAUGAUAUCGAUUUCCAGUUUGGCAUUUUUGAAAAUGCCGUAAAAAAGAAUGUCGUCACCAAGGGCUUUAUUGAGAAGUAUUUCUAUUGCUUAUGGUGGGGCUUACAACAACUUAGUUCCUAUGGCCAGAAUUUGUCAACAAGCACUUUUAUCGGGGAGACGCUAUUCGCUAUACUUAUUUCUAUCCUGGGUCUUGUUCUAUUUGCCCACUUGAUUGGCAACAUGCAGACUUAUCUGCAAUCCCUCACAGUGAGAUUAGAGGAAUGGAGACUUAAGCGGAGGGACACCGAGGAGUGGAUGAGCCAUCGCCAACUGCGUGAAGAUUUAAAACAUCGUGUUAGACGUUUUGUUCAGUAUAAAUGGCUUGCAACUCGUGGAGUUGACGAAGAAGCCAUCUUGCAUAGCUUACCUGCUGAUCUUCGUCGUGAUAUUCAACGCCACUUAUGCUUGGACCUUGUUCGACGUGUCCCUUUCUUCUCCCAAAUGGAUGAUCAGCUGCUUGAUGCAAUAUGUGAGCGCCUAGUAUCGUCCUUGAGCACUGAGGGUACUUAUAUCGUUCGUGAGGGUGACCCUGUGACGGAAAUGCUCUUCAUUAUUAGAGGUAGAUUAGAGAGUUCUACAACCAAUGGUGGUCGAACCGGUUUCUUCAACUUGAUCACAUUGAGACCCGGGGAUUUUUGUGGAGAGGAACUGCUUGCAUGGGCUUUGCUACCAAAAUCCACCAUGAACUUGCCCUCUUCAACAAGAACGGUCAGAGCUUUAGUCGAGGUUGAAGCAUUUGCACUACGCGCUGAAGAUCUCAAGUUUGUGGCCAACCAAUUCAGACGGCUUCAUAGCAAGAAACUACAGCACACCUUCCGGUUUUACUCCUACCACUGGAGGACAUGGGCCGCCUGCUUCAUACAGGCUGCUUGGCGUCGGUACAAAAGGAGGAUGUUGGAGAGCACUUGGAGGACAGAAUCAUUUGCUUCCGACGAGAAAGAGGAUGACGAGACUGAGCAAGAGGAAGAGAAAAGUUUAAUAGCAGGCUCCAUUCCUUCUCAGGCAAAAAUGAACCUUGGAGUCACGAUAUUAGCAUCGAGGUUUGCAGCGAAUACUAGGAGAGGAGCUCAAAAGAUCAAAGAUGUCGAGAUGCCAAAACUACAAAAACCCGAGGAACCCGACUUUUCUUCAGAGCCUGAUGACGACUGAUCCGAUUGUAUGCAUCGGCUGAGCUUCUUGACUUGGUGUCAGACCUUCAAGUUUAGGAAUAUGGAAUCCCAAAGGGUUGAAACGUUGGUAUUUGGACCAUUGAAGAGCUUAACUCAGUCCUGGAAACCUUAGUAGAUAAUGGGUUUAAUUCAUCAUGCAAGCUGGGCGUAUCCCACGAGCCUUGAAAAAAACAAACAAACUCGAGUUAUUAAAUUUAGCCUCUGAUUCCCGUGUUUUGACUUGACAAUUUAAUGAUGUUUACGAGAU